ACGCAGAAAAACGGAACGCAGGGGUGCGCAGCUUCAAACACUCGUCAGUAAGAGCCCGUAAUGUGCCAAAGAUUUACACUUUGUUUAUUUCACUGGAUACCCUACAAUGUUACAUAACCUGGACUGAAAAGCAUGUUGUGUACUCUAUAUCUCAUUUACUUGGUAUUAUGUUCAAAUUACAAUGUGGUUUACCCCUUUUUAUGUUAUACGCAAACAUGGCACUUAGUUUUAAAGUGGAUCUCUUAAAGGGGCAGUUUGCUGCCUUUUUAACCAGAAUUUAUAAGACAGAGCUUGUCCUAAACAUUUUGUUUUCCUACUGUUUUAAUAAUAACAUUUGUUUUUGUUAUUUCUUGGGCUAAUCAGACUAAACAGGGAAAUUUAAGCCACCAGUUACCAGUGCACAGAUAAAUAGAAGUGAAUUAUGCAGGGGAAUUAUCUGAGCUCAAAAACCAAACAUAGAGUAGCUUCUCUAAUGGAUUUUGCCAUGUGUGUUCUUUGUUAUUUCAUGAUGAUUUGCAAUCUGCAGUACAGUGAAUAAAACUAAAUUUUAACUACAUCAGAGAGAGGUGAGAAGUACAGUAUUAUAUGGUGGUACCAUAAAGCAACAGCAUUGAAUAUGUAGAAUAAUACAACUAUUGUGCUAUUUCCCUAAUUCUUCCUUUGUAGGGUGUUACAAUAAAGACAACAUACCAGUAGCAGAAGGGGGCCUGAAAAGUAUAAGAAGCCUAUUGAGGGAUCUGACACACAUCAUUUUCUUGGCAAAAGGGGGGCCCAGAAACCUCUAGUUAUGCCCUGCUAUUUGGGUCUUUUUAAAGCAUCUGUUUACUAAUGUUUAGAAACAAUGUACAUAACUCAUCACCUAUUAAUGCUGCUAAUUAUAUAUUAUUAUAUAUUAUUUAUUAGAUAGGUGUGUGAUGUACAUUGAGAACCUUAUCAAAGAUCUUGAAGGUCACCUAAACUAACUGCAUGGUUUGCAUCUUCGUUAGGGUGUGUGCAGUAAAGAAUAACAACAACAUUUGAAGUGCACCAUAUUCGUCGUCUUCAGGACCUGGCACUGUUAAGCUAAUAUUCUUUUGCUGUUAUACUGCCUUUCCAUAUACAGGUGUAAUUGACCUUUCUGCCCUUCGUGUUAUACUCUGUUAAUUCGAAUCUUCACAGCUUGGUGUUUUAAUAAAAGUACAUGUUGUGCAUAUGCAUUAUUCCUGUGUCAGCAGGAUACAUUUUGCACGUAAGUCCAUUUGUUUUUUUCCAUCUUACUUUUUACCUUUAACUUUGGUAAAUUCCUUUCUUCUUGCACAAUAUAUGAAACAACUUUGCCAUUUAUUUGAACAGAAAUGCCACUUUUACAAUGUCUUCCUCUAAUUACUGGAAAAAUCACUUAAUUGUGUUUACACAGUUUCUAUUGGCUUCUCAAUGAUGCUUUGAAUUCUAGGGAACACUGGCAACCAGUGAAACCCAAAAUGAGACUCUCUUAUCUAAUCAGGGAAGUCACUUUAAAAGUGAAGUAGUGGUACGAUACCGAAGGCAGUGGAUGAAAAACUUAACAAAGAAGAAGAAGAUGGGAGGCAAGAAGUCUGAGUCCAAUCCAUGUGAACUAGUUCAUGUGGCCUAUUCCAAGGAUCGUCAGUUGCCUGUGACACCUACAAGCAUGUCAGACCAGAAUUACCAGCAAUUAGAUGAAGAUCUGUCAGUUGAGAGCCGUCCCAAGCGGAUCCUCAGUGAUGAUAGCCCAGAGCCAGUGGUGGAUGCAGAGCCAUUUGCCACUUAUUUUGAUGAGAAGAUACCAAUUCCAGAGGAUGAAACGCACUCAUGGUUCAGCUUCCGGAAACUCUGGGCCUUCACCGGCCCGGGUUUUCUCAUGAGCAUUGCGUAUUUGGAUCCAGGAAAUAUAGAAUCGGAUCUGCAGUCUGGAUCAGUGGCAGGAUUUAAGCUAUUGUGGGUUCUCCUGGCUGCAACCAUCAUUGGGCUUCUACUACAGCGCUUAGCAGCCAGGUUGGGAGUGGUGACAGGACUUCAUUUAGCUGAAAUGUGCAACAGACAAUAUCCAAAGGUGCCCCGCAUUGCAUUGUGGCUCAUGGUAGAGUUAGCCAUCAUUGGAUCUGAUAUGCAAGAAGUCAUAGGCUCAGCCAUUGCCUUAAAUCUGUUGUCUGCUGGAGUAAUACCACUAUGGGGAGGAGUGUUAAUAACAAUUAUUGAUACGUUUUUCUUCCUUUUCCUGGACAAGUACGGUCUGCGGAAACUGGAAGCAUUUUUUGGGUUCCUUAUUACAGUUAUGGCACUUACAUUUGGUUAUGAGUAUAUACGGGUUAGUCCCAACCAAGGGGAGCUUCUUAAAGGCAUGUUCUUUCCUUACUGUAAAGACUGUGGGGCACCUCAGCUGGAGCAGGCAGUGGGCAUUGUGGGAGCUGUAAUCAUGCCACACAAUAUGUAUCUGCAUUCGGCUUUGGUUAAGUCAAGGGACAUCAAUCGAGCGAACAAGAAAGAAGUCAGAGAGGCUAAUAAAUACUUUUUCAUUGAAUCAACCAUUGCUUUAUUUGUUUCUUUCCUCAUCAAUGUUUUUGUGGUUGCUGUGUUUGCGGAAUCCUUUUAUGGAAAGACGAACCAAGAGGUGUUUUACGAGUGCCUUAACAAGAGUAGCCCUCAAAGUAACUUAUUUCCAAAUAACACAGACCCUCUGCAUGUGGAUAUUUUCAAAGGAGGUGUGGUUUUGGGAUGCUUUUUUGGUGCUCCAGCUCUCUACAUCUGGGCAGUGGGCAUUCUAGCAGCAGGCCAGAGUUCCACAAUGACUGGCACAUACUCUGGGCAGUUUGUAAUGGAGGGUUUUUUGAACUUGAAGUGGUCUCGCUUUGCACGAGUUUUCCUGACCCGAUCUAUUGCAAUUACCCCCACUCUCCUUGUGGCCAUUUUUAAAGAUGUUGAGCAUCUUACAGGAAUGAAUGAUUUUCUAAAUGUGCUCCAAAGUUUGCAGCUUCCAUUUGCUUUGAUCCCGGUCCUGACAUUUACCAGUCUUCCAUCUGUGAUGAGUGACUUUGCAAAUGGGAUAGGCUGGAAGAUUGCUGGUGGGAUCCUGAUCCUCGUUGUCUGCAGCAUAAACAUGUACUUUGUGGUUGUUUAUGUCUCUGCACUUGGACACAUAGCAUAUUAUGUGGGAGCAGCUGUGUUGUCAGUUGCAUAUUUAUGCUUUGUGGCAUAUUUGACAUGGCAGUGUUUGGUUGCACUGGGCCUCUCAUUCCUUCAAUGCGGCCAGACGUAUAACCUUGGUCUGACUGGCUGUCCUGAGCUCUUCAUCCUUCAAAACAUGGAGAUGGAAAACCCGACUUCCCCUCGGUGAUGUUGGGAUAACGUGGCACCUUUAUAGUCUGGCGGGCAAUAUUCCUCCUGUGUCUGUUACUAAGUAACAUGGAGGUGCUGAUGACACAGACCUGGUAAUUUGUCUGUUGCAGAUUUAUGAUUGGUUAAUAGAAUAAUGUCAAGUCAUACAAAACAAUAACGGGCCAGAGUGUGACUGGCUUUAAAGCUCUUGCACAUGAGUGUUUUAAUGUGCAUUCCAUGUUUUUUUUUUAUGCGAUCUCCAUUAACACGCGUGUUCCUGGGCAGUGGAACGCAUAAGAAAAAGCAACACCGCGGGAACGUAUAUUAAUAGGCCUGUGUGUAAGAGCGCUUAGGAAUUAAUUGCACUACCUCUGAUAAUGGGAAACACAAAGGCCAGUUGGAAGGUACAUUGAUUGGUACUUACCAGAAAACUAGGGAUGCAUCGAUUCCAAAACUGGAUCCCAAACUGAAUCUGAACCCAAAUCUGUAUAUGCAAUUGAUCAAAAUUCAAAGAUGAAAAUUGUGGUCUAGAGUGGUGAUAUUUAGGAUUCAGAUUCAGUUUGCCUAUGUCCUGCGAAUAAAGGCUGGGAAUCUGGGAUACAGUGCCUCCCUAUAGAAAUCAUUGCAUAGAGACAAAUGGAUGGUUCUCUGCUGCUGUAGCCUUGAUACAGCUUGCUGCGGCCUACUGAUGGAGCAAACCUUGCUUUUCACACACCAAAUAUGCCACUGCAUCCACGUCAAUGGAAAAGGUUGUGAUAAAUAUCUUUUUCAGCGAUAUGGCGCCAAUGUCUCCAUACAGUGUGCCCAAAUGGUAACCCACCAGCACACCCUGGCCUAUCAGCAAAAGAUAGUCCAGUACACGGUAAGAGGAAAAAAGAAAAAAUUACCGCCACACAGGACUCCAUGCAAGCGGGGUAAACCCUGGGUGUUUAUUGAAGUGUAUCGUUUCGGGGGCAUACUCCUUCGUCAGACAAGCGAACCACUGUGGGAGUGAACGUUUAAACCCACCCUGGUGAAUAAUAAUUAGCAUACAUUUCAACUACAAUAAAGUACCCAAAAAACUACAAAGUCCAUAAUAAUUUGAGUACAUGUGCAAAGAGUCCAUAGUCACUCAAUUUUAAUUCCAGGUCCGGAUGUGUGCAUGAUCCAUAAAGUCCAAUAACAUAAUCAUAUAAAAAGUGCAUUCAGUUGUUCCUGUGGGCAACAUUAAAAACAAUGUAUCACAAUAUAAGAUAGCUUGCCCUAGUCUAUAAAAGAAUAUUAAGUUUACCUUACCCUUGCAACAUAAUAAUUCAAUUCUCAUAUUUGCAAUAAAAAGGCAACAUAUUAAAGGGCAUGUAAAGGCAAAAAAAUAAAAUCCCAUUUUUACUUUCUUUAAUGAAAAAGAAACCUAUCUCCAAUAUACUUUAAUUGUGUACUGUUUUUAUAAGAAACCU